AUGGGAGUUGAAGAUAAUCGCACAUUGCUUACUGAUUUCAUCUUGGUUGGGUUUACAGCAGAUCCAUUUCUACGCAAAAUUCUGUUUGUGGUGUUCUUGGCCUCCUACAUCCUCACAUUGAUUGGGAAUCUGGGCCUCAUGACACUGAUCUACCUGGACUCCCGCUUGCACAUACCCAUGUACUUCUUUGUGGGCAGCCUUUCCUUCCUGGAUGUCUGGUAUUCUUCAAUUUACAUUCCUCGGAUCUUAUAUGAUUGUUUGUCCAAGAACAACCACAUUUCCUUAGCGGGUUGUACAACCCAGUUCUUCUUCUCUGCUACAGCUGGUGGGAGUGAAUGCUUCCUACUGGCCUUCAUGGCCUAUGACCGUUUUGUGGCCAUCUGCCACCCACUCCUUUAUGCCACUGCCAUGCCCAAUAAGCUCUGUGUCCAGCUGGUGGUAGGAGCCUAUGCAGUGGGGUUUGCCAAUGCUAUAAUACACACUGGUAACACCUUCCGCCUACACUUCUGUGGUAGUAAUAUCAUCAACCACUACUUUUGUGAUGUGCCACCACUUGUGAAGAUGGCCUGCGGGGACACAAGAGUAUAUGAACUCAUCCUCACUACUGUCAUUGGCUUCACUUUCCUGGCAGCCACUGCUGUCAUUGUGAAGUCCUACAUUAGUAUUGUGGCAGCCAUUAUUCGCAUCCGUUCGGCUGCUGGGAGACGCAAGGCUUUCUCCACUUGCUCGGCUCACCUGCUCUCUGUCUCCCUCUACUAUGGUUCCAUGCUCAUUACAUACUCCGCACCCAAUUCUUAUCACACUCCAAAUUGGGACAAGGCAACUGCGUUGUUCUAUACAGUAGUCAACCCUCUGGUCAACCCUUUGAUUUACAGCUUACGCAACAAAGAUGUGAAGGCAGCCUUCAAGAAAGUCUGGUGGAGAUUCACAGCACACAAAUGA